AUGGCAGAGAAAUACAUAGACGAAAUCAAUACGUUCCGUUCAAUACUUCAUUCCGAUGAUCAUAUUCAAAUACGACCAUCAGGAGAUUUCAAUCAAAUUUCUUUACGGCUCGAUUGUGAUAUUUAUAUAAGUUUUUUUCAUGAUUCACUCAGUUCAUUGAUAACUAGUAAUGUACAUAAUCUACAUAUAUCAAAGCAAACAAGUAAUAAGAAUUCUCUGACAAACAAGCAAUGGAUAGAUAUUCGUGAUUAUUUUAAUAAACUUAUUCAGCAAUCAAAUUCAAAUACUUCUAUUUAUUUAAUUGUUCGAUCAAUGCAAGAAUAUAUGAUAGAAAUUUCAGGUGAAAAACAGAAAAAUAAUGAGUACAAUUCGAUUUCAACAGUAUUAAUAUCAAAACCCGAUGCAUCUACAUUAAUAAAAAGAUUUCGUAGUGCCGAUCUUAUAUUUAAUCGUAUAAUACAUGAUACAACAAUUGAUUGUUCACAAGUUCUGAUUGGUUAUGAAGAUCGUUUUACAGGUAUUCAUGAAAUAAAAUUUGAUGAAUUUAAAAAAGUUCAUGAAAGUGAAUAUGGUAUUCCGAUGCAUCGUAUUCGAUAUUAUAAAAUAAAUGGAUCUAUUGUUUGGGAUAGAAUUAAUAAAAUUGAUAUUUUAACUGGAAGUGAAAUACAUGACGAAACAACGGCUGAUAUUGAACAAGAGGAAAAUCUAGUCGAAGGAAUGUAUCGUUAUGAUCAAUCAAUUCAUCGAUGGGUUUUAUGUCCACAAGUAUCUCUUGCAUCCGAUGACUUGACGAUUUCAUCUACAAGCAACAUGUUUAUUCCGGAACGAUGUCAAUUCUUAACAUGGAACAUUCUAUUUGAUUACUAUCAAUCUGAAUUUAUUUAUACAAAUCAACGAUAUGAAGAAAUAUUAAAAACUCUGAAAUCAUUUUUACCAGACUUUAUCUGUUUACAAGAAGUCACAAUGAAAUUUCUUAAUCUUCUACUAGAUGAACUUUGGUUAAAAGAAAAUAAUUAUUAUAUAAUUAUAAUGGGAAAUAUUCUCGACACUGGUCAAAAGCAACCCUAUGGGCAAUUGAUGUUAAUGAAAAAUUUUCAACCACGUGCAUUUUCAAUAUGUCCACUUCCUAUAUCUGAUGAUAGAAAAAGUCAAAGAAAAACAUCAAUUAAAGAAUAUAUUAUAUCACGAUUUGCAUUGAACUCCGAGGUAACAAUCGAUCUUGUUAAUUUUCAUUUACAUAGUAAUCAUACGUAUAAUUCAAAUGAGAAACGUUGUCAAUCAUUAGAAUAUUUUUUUAAAACAUUGAAUACGCAAAAUUAUAUGCUUAUGGGAGAUUUUAAUUUUGGAGAUUAUGAUAUCAGAGAACAAAAUUUACUUCAAACAUAUCAACGUCAAAUACAUGAUCUUUGGAGCGAUAUUUAUGAUCUUGAUGAGAAUCCUGGUUAUACAUUUGAUCCAUCACGUAAUAUUUGUUCUCGAAUAACAUCUGAUUUUUCAUUAAGUCUUCGACUAGAUCGAUAUUUACUACAUCGACUACCCAACCUUUCUUAUUCCAUUGAACAUCUGAAUAUAGUUGGUCUUGAAACAAUCGUUAUUGAUGCAACUGAUAAUAAACAUAUGAAUCAGUCUGAUCAUUAUGCAUUACAAUUGAUUGUUAAUUUUCGAGUACGAUCUAUCAGUCAUCGUUCAGCACUUUCUUUCAUGCCACCAAUGAAUAUAUGGCCAUCGGUUCAAUCAUUUCGUGAAAAAUAUGAUCCAUUAUUUAAUCAAUGGCCACCACAUAUUAAUUUGCUAUGGCCAUUUUUUGAUUUCAACGAUACAGAAGAUGAUGAAGAAAAUAUUCUUUUGCCAUUAAGACUUUUACUUGCUCAAUAUAAAUCGUUUGAUAUCGAAAUAAAUGAAAUUAAUUCAUUAGAAGAUGCUCAUAUUACUUUUAUGAAACUUGAUGAAAACUCAACAGAAUAUGUUAAACAAUUACACGAAAAUAUUAAACAAAUUUUUUCGCAAGAUUUAUUUGACAAGGAAAAUAAUUAUCAUCCGUGUAUGACAAUUGGGCUAUUCGAUAGUGCGAAAAAACACAAUCAAGUGAAAUCAUUAUUGACUUUAGCAGAACCAAUUCAAUUUCCUGUUCGAUAUAUUCAUCUUUUACGACAAACAUCUAACGAUGAUAGAACACGGUUUCAUAUCGCCUACCAAAUACCAUUCGAUUCAGUACUUCAACCAAUAGGUUUAGAUUCGUAUUCGAAUAUAAGUUUUGAAUUACAAGAAUUUUUUAAUAAAACUGGUCUUUAUGAAACUAGAAAAUCAUAUGAACAAAAACAAGAAAAGUUGAACCGAUUAUCGAAUUGUUUUCGAGAAAUUUUCAACAAAAAUACAUUGAAUUAUUUUACACAUGGUUUUUUUCCUUACGGAAGUUUUCGUUUAGGUUUAGAUGGAGAAGAUCUUGAUACUGUACUUAUUUUAUGCGAACUGAACUCUUCAAAUACUAAAACAAAUCUUGAUGAUAUAGUUUCUCAACUACGAUAUGAUUCAUUUGCAUUAAACAAUCAUAUAAUAAAUUUAAUUACAAAAUAUUUCAAUAAUGAAAUAAUCGAUUGUCGAAAUAUUCAAGCUAUUUAUCCAAUUAUUUCAAUUUUAUUUCAUGAUCAAACUAGAGUUGAACUAUUUGUAGAAAUUAGAGAAAAAUCCAUAUCGAAUGAACAAAUUCAAGAUGGAACAUUUCUACUCUCAAAUUUUCAUCAACCUGUGCAUGGGGUUCAUGACAUUGAACGUCUUAUAGUUUAUACUCGUUUUCCACCUAUUUUUCAACACCUUCUAACUUUUAUUCGUACGUGGGCUCAAAAUGUUGGUCUCUAUGGCCAAGUUUAUGGUUAUUUAGGUGGUUAUUCUUGGGCUAUUCUAUGUGCUUAUAUUUGUCAUAGAUAUUUAUCAUCGAAUGAUUCUUAUUUUUUGCUCGAAGAAUUUUUUAAUCUAGUUGAAAAGUUUUUUUCGACUUAUUCACAUUUUAAUUGGUCAUUGGAACCAGUUCAUUUGUGUUCAAAAAUAAAUUAUUCUUAUCAAACAUCAGAAGAUAGUCGUGGUUCAAUGCGUAUAUUAUGUCCAAGUCCACCAUAUAUUAAUACAUCACGUUCAACAAUAAAUUCAACACGGCAAUUAAUAAUUCAAGGUUUUCAAAAUGCUCAAAAAAUACUCGAAAAAAAUCUGAAAUAUGAAGACCGACUUAAAGAAAUUCUUGAAUUAUCAAAUCAUUUUCCUGAUAAAACUAUAAAAUCAAUUCUACAAUUUAAACUAUCCGUUAAAACACUCAAUGAACUCCAUCAAUGGACUGGUUACAUGAAAUCACGAUUGGGACGCUUUUUGAAUGACUGUCAAAAUGAAUGUAAUUUAUUUGUUCAAACACAAAAUAAUCUCGAAACAAGAAAUGAUAAUCUUGAAAGAUUUUAUUCAAUUGGUUUUCAAUUAGAUGAACAAAUUUUAAGUCGUCAUCGAAAAUUUUAUAAUUCUUUAAAUCAAUUUUCUGCACAAUUUAUAAUAUGUCCAUUUCGAACUGACACAAUGAAGAUUUCAUAUAAAUUAAUGUCUAUUCUUGAUUGGAAUAAUGAACAUAUGAAAAAAUAA